AUGAUGACGAUCGUUUCAUCUUUCGUCAUCUCCCAUCUCCUUUACAAAUUGAAAGGUACUGCUCAUUCUUCCCUUAUUUCUUUCAAAAAUCCUUCAUCAUUUAUAGAAUUAUUCACCGGAUUCUCUCCCACCAAAACGAUUUUAGCACCGUUUGAUUCAACUUAUUCUUUCAAUCAUCAAACAGUUUUCAAUCAUUCUCGAUCUAUGUCUAAAAAGAUUACUAACCCUGACGAUGUCCACAAACUGUUCGAUGAAAUGACACAGAGAAAACCUCUGCCAUCAGUCGUUAAAUUCACCCAGUUGUUGCAAGCUGUUACUAAUACGAAACACUUUUCUAUUUCAAUCGAGCUUUUUAAACAAAUGAAUGACAUUCAUGUACCUAUCGAUGUCUACACUAUUAACGUUGUCAUAAAGUGUUGUUGCCAAAUGCACCACACCAGUGAAGGAUUUGUAGUCCUUGGCUAUGGCUUCAAACGUGCUAUUUUACCUGAUGUAUGCACUUUUAGUACACUCUUAAAUGGACUCAUCUUAGAAGAUAGGAUUCUCGAAGCAGAAAAAUUAUUCAAGAAACUGAUUAAAGAGAAACUUUGUGAACCUAAUGCAAUUAUGUACAACACUAUGAUCAAAGGGCUUUGCAAAUUUGGUAUUAAUGAUACAGCCAUUGCUUUGCUUAAACUAAUGGACGAAAAGGAUUGUAAACCUAAUGUCGUCACAUAUAACACCAUCAUUGAUAGUCUUUGUAAGGACAAAAUGGUAAAUGAUGCUUUAAACCUCUACAAAGAAAUGGUCUUCCAAAAGGGCAUUCUACCUGAUGUUGUGACUUACACCUCUCUGAUUCAUGGCCUUUGUAACUUAUGUCAUUGGAAGGAGGUUGAUAAAAUGCUCAAAGAAAUGGAACAACAAAGGAUUUCCCCAGAUGUUCAUACUUUCAAUAUAUUAGUGGAUGCACUUUGCAAAGAAGGUAAUGUUGAAGAUGCAAAAGGUGUCUUCAACUUAAUGAUCCAAAAAGGCAAGGAUCCCGAUAUAGUGACAUACAAUUCACUUAUUGAUGGGUAUUGUUUGCGAGGCAAAAUGAGCAAAGCAAGGGAAGUUGUUGAUUCAAUGGAAUUUCGAGGUGUGGUUCCUGAUGUUGUCACUUAUAAUAGUUUAUUGAAUGGGUAUUGGAAGAAAUUGAAGAUAGAAGACGCCAUGCAUUUGUUUAAUGAAAUAACUAAAAAAGGUAUGAAACCCGAUGUGAUCACUUACAGUACCAUGUUACAUGGAUUGUUUCGAGUUGGACGUUGUAAAGAUGCUCAUGGAGUUUAUAAUGAUAUGCGAGCACACAACUUGAUUCCGGAUGAAUGCACUUACAGAAUAAUUUUGGAGGGUCUUUGCAACAACAAUCAAGUGGAGAAAGCACUCUCUUUAUUCUAUUUGAUAGGUGACAACAACCUAAAUUCAAAUGUUAUUGUGUACAAUAUACUUAUUGAUGGUGCAACUAAAAGCGGGAAGUUUGAUAUUGCAAGGAACCUUUUCAAUGAACUAAUUGUUAAAGGUUUAACACCUAAUAUUUGGACAUAUAAUACAAUGAUUGGUGGGUUUUGCCGGGAAGGUGUGAUGGGGGAAGCAAAAGAUUUGUUUAUUGAAAUGGAAAAGAGAGGCUGCUUGCCAAAUGUUGUGACUUACCGCAUUAUUCUCCAAGGAUUUUUAAAGAACCAACAACAUGAUGUAGUAGAGAUGCUUUUAAAGGAAAUGGAAAGAAAAGGUUUCUCACUUGAUGCUUCAACUGUAGCAAUGUUGCUUGAUCACAUCAAAGCUAGAUCUUUAUAUGCUUCUUUGCUUAAGCUGAUUGGUAAGCUUGUGCCAAAGGAAGUGUAG